AUGGCCGGAAAAAACGGGAACUCAAAUAUCAGCAGUGACCCAACUGCUAAUUCAGCAUUGGGAAACAUAGAAAAAUGGAUUCAAACCCGGGAUUUAACAAAGGGCAGCAACUUGGUCGCCGCUGUGGUAGGAUGUGGAAAUAUGGGUUCUGCCAUACUCACUGGAAUUCUUGCCGCAAACUCCUUGCCAGGCGCAAGAGAUAAUACACCAAUUUCACAUAUUAUUGCUUGUACCAAAUCAGAAGCUUCAGCCUCCAAAGUCUAUCAAGCAUCCAAAGAUUGCGAGGCUGGUGAUAGAAUUGCCGUAUUUUACGAUGAUAACUUGAAAGCUUUCCAAUUGGCUGAUGUUAUCAUACUGGCAUGUAAGCCAUAUAUGGCUGAGGAAGUUCUCGGCGCUCCUGGUGUUGGUGAUGCUUUAGCAAAUAAACUUAUCAUCUCAGUUUUGGCGGGCUCGACAACGGAACAAUUGAAAGAAUUUGCUUUCAAUGGUAGCUCGGACACAAAAGGUUGUUCAUUUGUCAGGAGUAUGCCGAAUCUUGGGGCACAAAUUAAGGAAUCAUCAACUGUAAUCUCAACUGGAUCGGAGACGAUUUCCUCUAAACACGAAAAAGCCAUGGAGUGGAUCUUCCAAAGUAUUGGUCAAUACACAUAUGUCCCUGACAAUGUUUUCCAAGUUGCCGGUGUUCUCGCAGGUUGCACUCCAGCAUGGUUUCUUACCGCAUUUGAUGGAAUUCUCGACGGUGCUGUGUCGGAAGGAAUGAAGCGCGACACUGCAAAGGAAAUUCUAGCGGGUUCAAUGCUGGCAGCUGCAAAGCUGAUACAAAAUGGUGAACAUCCUGCUGUUCUAAGAGAGAAGGUUUCAUCCCCCAAGGGUACUACGAUUCAAGGUCUGAAAACUAUUGAGAAGGGUGGUGUCAGAUCCACAUAUUGUGAUGCAACCAUCGAUUCGGUACAACAUGGAUUAAACAUGAGCAAGAAAUAA